GCCUUUCAAUUAAAGCAGCACCAGGCUGGGAUGGGCUAGGCUCCCCUUCUUCAUCUCUUCUCUCCCAAUAACCAAAUGCCCUCGUUAUAAAUUUGUUACUUCAAACCCACCAAAUCCGUGUAAAAGAUGAAUUUUGGCAGCAAAAUCCCUGUUUCUCUUUAUCAAAUUUUGUGCCUUUCUAAUUUUCCCCAUGUUUAAUUAGAUCUGCUCUCAGACUUCUACACUCCAAUUUAUUGAAUAUACAAUACACAUUGAUUUUUGUAACUAAAAUCAUAAAACCCUCAAUCUUACAAGUGUAAUCUAAAAGUUAAUGUAAUAAAAUUAUAAUAGAGUGAAAAAACUGAGGGUUUCUUUGGUUAUUUUGUUAUGGCUGAUGCGUUGUCUGUGAUUCCAGCAGCGGUUCUACGUAACCUCUCCGAUAAGCUCUAUGAAAAGCGCAAAAAUGCGGCUCUUGAGGUGGAAGGGAUAGUGAAGCAAUUAGCGUUGGCAGGAGAUCAUGAUAAAAUUACUGCGGUGAUAAAUUUGUUGACCAAUGAGUUUACCUACUCCGCGCAGGCAAAUUAUCGCAAAGGAGGGUUGAUAGGAUUGGCUGCAGCAACAGUAGGUUUGAGUUCCGAAGCUGCACAGCAUCUUGAGCAAAUUGUACCACCAGUCUUAUUUUCUUUUUCUGAUCAAGAUAGCAGAGUUCGUUAUUAUGCAUGUGAAGCACUGUAUAACAUAGCAAAGGUUGUGAGAGGAGAUUUUAUUGUGUUCUUCAACGAUAUUUUUGAAGCUUUGUGUAAGCUUUCUGCUGAUUCAGAUCCCAAUGUACAAAGUGCUGCUCAUCUUUUAGAUAGACUUGUAAAGGAUAUUGUUACAGAGAGUGAUCAAUUCAGUAUUGAAGAAUUUAUACCACUGUUGAGAGAACGAAUGAAUGUCCUAAACCCUUAUGUGCGCCAAUUUCUGGUAGGAUGGAUUACUGUUCUAGACAGUGUUCCUGAUAUAGAUAUGCUUGGUUUUCUUCCUGAUUUUCUUGAUGGCUUAUUUAACAUGCUAAGUGAUUCCAGCCAUGAAAUAAGGCAACAAGCUGAUUCAGCACUUUCAGAAUUUCUUCAAGAAAUAAAAAAUUCUCCAUCUGUAGAUUAUGGUCGCAUGGCUGAAAUACUGGUACAGAGGGCAGCUUCAGUGGAUGAAUUUACUAGGUUGACGGCUAUUACUUGGAUCAAUGAGUUUGUGAAACUUGGCGGUGAUCAACUUUUCCCUUAUUAUGCUGAUAUUCUUGGAGCCAUUCUACCUUGCAUAUCAGACAAGGAAGAGAAAAUAAGAGUCGUUGCUCGUGAAACGAAUGAAGAACUUCAUGGAAUUGAGGCUGAUCCAGCUGAAGGAUUUGAUGUAGGAGCAAUCCUCUCAGUAGCAAGGAGGCAUCUAUCUAGUGAAUGGGAGGCAACACGAAUUGAAGCAUUGAACUGGAUAUCUACCCUUUUAAAUAGACAUCGAUUGGAGGUAAAGAAGAUGUAUCCAAGUUUUUGCUUUUUUGACUUGUUUAUAUGGUACAUAUGUAGGACAUUUUGUUUUGGAAAGUUAUCGUUUCUGUUGCACUAUGAAGUCUUGCUCUUUUACAAGCAAUCAUUCGUGAUAUGGCCUUGGCUUCUUCAGAUUUCUUCGAACAGUGUCACAAUGCUAGUUAACCAAAGGUAUGGUGCAAGUUGGCUGUGUUGCAAAGCACCUUCCCAAUCCUCGCAGUAUCCCAUAUGUAGUGCGUCCCAUAGUUUUCUAAAAUUUAAUGGUUGUGCAGUGCCAUGGGUUUCUCUGUUUAGUACUGAAAACUAUGCACAAACUCAAAUUGCUGGAAAGGAACUCAAGGAUGCAACUGAGAAGACACUAUCCAGAUGUGCUAAGAUUGCCGUAGUGUACCCACUUUUGCUACAAUCAAAUGACGUCUAUCCUAUUAGUUUUGAGGUGGUUAUGCUGGAAAUUCUAUUUCGCCAGAACAAGUCCAAUACUAAACCUGAGAUGGUUCCUUCCACCUGUAGAGCCAUAGGAUUUUAUUAUUUCAUGUGGUUUUCAUGGUUGGCUCUCCUUGAACCAGGAAGAUACAUGUGGUUGUUGAAAGCCUUGUACGGUCUCCUGAUGCUCCUUCCCCAGCAAAGUGUAGCCUUCAAGUUUCUUCGGACUCGAUUAAAAACUGUGCCUUCCUUCAGUGGUGAACAGUUCAAGCAAAUAUCAUCAGGAAAUUUCUUUUUGGAUGCUAAUUACAUAGUUGGGGAUGGUGAACUAAAUGAAGAUUCAAGGACUAUUCACAACGGAAUAAACUUUGCUUCGAGCCUGCUGAAGUUUGAGCAUGUUCAGCAACAGCACCGUAGGCAUUCGAAGAUGCAGUCACAGUAUCGCAACAGUUCUUCUUCAUCCACAAAGGAGGUACAAAGACUAGAAUCAGAGGGAUCUUCUACCGUGCCAGACAUGAAUAGGGUUCCUUCAAGAUCAUUGCGCAGAGGUCCUGGCCAGUUACAACUUUAACUGUCUCGAGGUUCUUUACACUGCAAUCUCUAUGUAUUGAAGGCAGGUGAAGUCAGUGAAAAAUUGUAAAUUGUAUUUUUUAGGAGCAUUUGUUUUGUUGAAUCUUAAAGGGGGAUUGAGAAGGUGGACAGUGGGUCUCGUUUUUUCUAAGCUAUACUUUCUGAUGGACAGAAUAUGCCCAUGUGGUGGUGUUAUUUUUAUCGAAAACCAUGUGGGAAAAAGGAGGUAGUUGAAAUUCCAAUCUAGGAUAUAUGUUGACUUUGUUUCCAUCAUUUAUUUCAAAUCUUAUUCCGUCUGUUACAAUUAUUGAUAAUAAAGAUCACGUAUUCUCCAGAGUGCUA